AUGGCGCACUACGGCCUUCUCUUCGCGCGCGGCUGGUUCUCCAAGAGCCUCGGCGCGACCGUCUUCGGUUUGAUCGGCAUGCACCAGCUAGCGAAAAAGUACUACGACAUCCCGACCUACAGAGACUUCAACCUCACGAACUGGUCCUACGCUCUUGAGAGAGAGAACCUCAGACGGCAGGGAAUCGAUCCCGACAGCGUGGACUUGACAGGCGAGGGCAGUGCAUAA